AUGUCGACUGUCCACACGGCGAUGAUGAAGAAAAUUGUGAUAAGUGGGAAAAACACUGGAAUUGUUAAAAAUUUUAACAACGUCUAUCAAAAUCAGAAUGGCUGGUGUCGAGAGAGUCGAGAGUCGAGAUGCGAUGCUGGAGUCGAGAUGCUGGAGUCGAGAUGCUGGAGUCGAGAUGCUGGAGUCGAGGUACGAUUUCGAAAAAACGCCACCCUUUGCCCACAUUGGACCACGACUACUCAAAGACUCCACCACUUCGAUCCGAUGCCCGAUGAUCUACUCGUCAAAGCGAAUUAUGGAGAGGCA